GACACGCCACCACCCAAUCGCUCUCUGCACUCCCCUCCCCCUCUGCACCACUCAAACCCCGACCUCCCUCUGCAUUUCACCCCUCCUCUCCUUCCUUCCUCCUUGGCGCUCAUCCACCACCACCUCCUCCAAGAGCCACCAAACGGCAGCAGGAUGGCCGCUGUGAUGAAAGCUCUCGCCGUCGCCUCGCCGAUCUCGGCACGAGCACAGCCCCGACGAUGCCCCGCAGGUUCGUCAGGCGGCCCUAGCCAAAGCCUGCAUUCAUCGUUCGGCGGCGUCUCCCUGCAGUGCCGGCGCACGAAGCCGGCGUCCCUCCACCGGAGUCGGCCGUCGAUGCAGGUGGUGAUGAUGGCGGCGAGGCCGGCGAUCCAGUUCAUCCAGGGCACCGACGAGCAGACGAUCCCGGACGUGCGGCUGACCAAGUCCCGGGACGGCACCAACGGCGUGGCCAUCUUCACCUUCGACCAGCCGUCGGUGUUCGACUCGUCGGCAGAGCUCGGCGACAUCACCGGCUUCUACAUGAUCGACGACGAGGGCGUGCUCCAGUCGGUGGACGUCAGCGCCAAGUUCGUCAACGGCAAGCCGGCGCUCAUCGAGGCCAAGUACGUCAUGCGCACGCCGCGGGAGUGGGACAGGUUCAUGCGAUUCAUGGAGAGGUACUCCCAGGCCAACGGCCUCCAGUUCGUCAAGAAGUGAUCGCCUUUUUUUUUCUCCUUUUUUCCCCCUCACACUGCCUUGAGCAUGUACUGUGUGCUCUUUCAGUGUAAAUACCUAUGAAUUCUGAUCAUCAUAAGCUCGAUACAUGAUGAGUUGUUUGGUGUGUGCAUUGAUUGCGUUUCUUCUAUGAGUGCAAUUUUGUAUUCGUAAAUA